AAAUAAAAAAAAAGUACCCAACGAUUGCAGAGAUCAUCUCGACGGAGUGACAACGUCGAAGGUAUAUUUGAUUGCUGCAACGCUCUUAAGAAAUUUUGAAAAAAUAAACAACGCCAGCUUAUACGCAUCCGCCAAAAUUGCGCAAACAAUUUUCUAUCCGACCACCUAUAUAAAUACAGCAAAACUGCACAUCAUAAACGAUCCGUUUACAAUAAUGGAGGGCUUCGUGCACGAUUGGCCCACACCACCGCCUACAGAUAUUCCCCUGCACAUGGAUCUAGUCAGCGAACUACAGGGCGAUGGUGGUUUUGAGCCGCAGACUCGUGCCAGAUCGAAUACUUGGCCAUGUCCGCGGCCAGAGAACUUUGUGGAGCCGUCAGACGAUUUGGAUAGCACGAAGGCGAGUAAUCAGCAGCUGGCGGGUGGAGAUUCGCAACAGGCCGUACAAAAUAUGAGUACAGCGAAAAAAAAUUCAUCGCGUCGCAAUGCGUGGGGCAAUUUGUCGUAUGCGGAUUUGAUAACGCACGCCAUUGGUUCGGCGACCGACAAACGGCUAACGCUUAGUCAAAUCUACGAAUGGAUGGUGCAGAAUGUGCCAUAUUUUAAGGAUAAAGGCGAUUCGAAUAGCAGUGCCGGCUGGAAGAAUUCCAUUCGUCACAAUCUAUCGUUGCACAAUCGAUUUAUGCGCGUCCAAAAUGAGGGUACUGGCAAAUCGUCUUGGUGGAUGCUUAAUCCGGAUGCGAAACCGGGCAAAUCAGUGCGUCGGCGUGCCGCAUCUAUGGAAACGUCGCGCUACGAGAAGCGUCGGGGGCGUGCCAAAAAGCGCGUGGAGGCUCUACGUCAGGCGGGCAUUACCGGUCUGAACGAUGCGACACCAUCGCCCAGCAGUAGCGUGAGUGAAGGUUUGGAUCACUUCUCGGAGAGUCCAUUGCACAGUGGUAAUUUCCAGUUGUCACCAGACUUCCGACAACGCGCGUCUUCGAAUGCCAGUUCCUGCGGACGUCUCAGUCCGAUUCCAGCGCUAAUAGGACUCGAGCCAGAUUGGAGCUUUGGUGCUGACUACACAAAUACAACCAUAACGCCGGCACAGUCAGCGUCAAUGGAUCAAUUAGCCGGUUCGAUAGCGGACGUAAAAUUGCCAAAGGAUAUUCUGCAAGGGUUUAGCGCUGCCUCGGGUAUACCCACACAGCCGCCACCCCCCUAUCAGCCGCCACAGACAUAUAGCUUGAAUGGGCCCGUCGUAUCACAGGGUUAUGGCUUACAGGCCCAACAGUGCAUGUUGCAUCGCUCUCUGACGUGCAGCUGCUUGCAUAAUUCACGCGACGGUCUGUCACCUAAUUCUGUCACAACAACCAUGUCUCCCGCGUAUCCGAACAGCGAACCAUCGUCGGACUCUUUGAACACAUACAGUAAUGUGGUUUUAGAUGCCGGCAGCUCUGCUGGCGUUGCGAAUGAUAAUGGCACCAGUUUAUUGGUUCAACAGCAACGACAGCAACAACAGCAGCAGCAGCAACAGCGACAAGUGCAGCAGCAACAACAGCAACAGCAACAACAACAACAACGUCAGCAGCAGCAACAACAGUCACUUAGCACAAAUUUGGAAGACAACAACUGCGCAUCAACACUUAUCGGGCAAUGCAUGGAAGCACUCAAUAAUGAGCCACAAAUUGACGAAUUUACACUAGACAGCUUUCAACCUGGCCUAGAGUGCAAUCUGGAGGAAUUAAUCCGACAGGAGAUGAGCAUUGAUGGCAUGUUGGAUAUCAACAUCCCAUUCCCAUCUGACCCCACAGCUGUUGGCAAUGACAGUACAAAUAUUGUUAAUAGCGCCCUCGGCGGGGCGAAUAAUGCGCAGCACCAGCAGCAGCAACAACAACAACAACAACAACAUCAUCAGCAGCAGCAAUUGAAUCAGCUGCAGGCACAGUUACCCCAGCAACAGCAGCCACAAUUGAUGCCAUCGCUGCUCAAUAGUAUCGCUAGCAAUAACAACAACAGCAUUGUAAAGCCACCAUCUUGGGUGCACUAGAGGAGUGGGCAGCGCUGGAGUGAGCAGUUAGUUUAAUAAAUAACAAUAACAAAACAUUUUUAGCUAAAUAAAGUGGUAACCUAAGAAAUGGAUUUGCAUGUAAAAAGAAGAAAAAAUAAAAGAAACGCAGGAAAAAAGCGCGGAAAGUAGCAUGAGUGAAUCGGUUGCGAAUGCGAAUACCCGGCGAUUGGGCAACUGUCUGAAGCUGAUGGGACUUAGAGUUGGGUGUGUAUGGGUUUCUGCGUGCCACAUGCCCGGAUACUUUGUAGCGCAUUACCAAUUUUGCAUGCAAAUAUUUUUAUAGUACUACUCAGUACUACAAGUACUACAUACCCGUACAUACAUGCAUAGAAGUUAAUAGUUGAUGAAUUGAUUUAAUCUAUUCUCCCUACGCACAUACAUACAUACAUAUGUAUACAUGUAAGAAUAAUGCCAACGAAUUGCUUCUACCCACAAGUCAAAUCAAACCCAAGUUCGAAAAGAAAAUGAAGAAAUGAAAAAAAUCAAAAGAAAACAUAUGUCAUAAGGAUUAAGAUAGAUAAUUGGAUGGAUAAGAAAUAAAACUAAGCAAAAAAACAAAAUCACAACUUUGUGUCUAAUAAUCAAGGACAAUAGCGACAGGAGUAAAGGAUUAGCUAACUAACUGCAACAAUAUCUGUGAGCAGCAGAGAGCACGAAUUGAGUUUAGAAAGUUAUUUAACUGGUCCUGCAGCCGCAAGCAAAGGAAAACACCAUAGAAA